CCAUAUAUAGAGAUGGGCUUUAAUGUUAACUUUUGCAGGCUUAUUAUUUCUGAAGACCCCAAAACCCAUCUCUCUCUCUUCCCCGCGUCUCUCUCCUCUCCCUCUUGCUCCCUCCUCAAGAAAGCUCUCGUUCGACUAGAAACAAGCACGGAAAAGUUCGUCAAUGGAAGGCGAAGAAGGAGUUCAGCAGCCGCAACUUGUGCUCGCGAACAAUCUGUUCUUGCUCACUCAGAACGACGUCGACGAUAUCGAAAAAGUCCGCCUCCGCGAUGAGGUCUUUAACUUCAUCGUCGCCAACGAUAUGGCUCCGUUGUACGAAACCCUAGUUGCCAACAAGGUUUUGGAUUUGGAUCAGAAGGCACUUGACUCGAUGCGCUCCAAGAUCGAUGAUGAGUUGAAGAAGCUCGAAGAAAAAAUUGCUGACGCAGAGGAGAACUUGGGCGAAAGUGAAGUUAGGGAAGCUCAUUUGGCCAAAUCAUUGUUUUACAUACGAAUUGGUGACAAGGAAAAGGCACUGGAACAACUUAAAAUAACAGAGGGAAAGACUGUAGCAGUUGGGCAAAAGAUGGAUUUGGUAUUCUACACACUACAAAUUGGUUUCUUUCACAUGGACUUUGAUCUUAUCUCCAAAAGCAUUGACAAAGCUAAGAACUUGUUUGAAGAGGGUGGUGAUUGGGAGAGGAAGAAUCGUUUGAAGGUGUAUGAGGGUUUAUAUUGCAUGUCCACUCGCAACUUCAAGAAAGCAGCUGAUCUUUUCCUUGAUUCUAUUUCGACUUUCACAACUUACGAGCUCUUCCCCUACGACACCUUCAUAUUUUAUACCGGCCUUACGAGCAUCAUAUCAUUGGAUAGAGUUUCACUGAAACAAAAGGUGGUGGAUGCCCCAGAGAUCCUGACUGUCAUUGGCAAAAUCCCAUACUUAUCAGACUUUCUAAACUCUUUAUAUGAUUGCCAGUAUAAAUCGUUCUUUACCGCUUUUGCUGGCUUGACUGAGCAUAUUAAGUUGGACCGCUAUUUGCACCCGCAUUUCCGGUACUACAUGAGGGAGAUCAGAACUGUUGUGUACUCACAGUUCUUGGAAUCCUACAAGAGUGUAACCAUUGAAGCUAUGGCAAAAUCAUUUGGCGUGACAGUGGAUUUCAUUGAUAUCGAGCUGUCUCGCUUCAUUGCAGCUGGGAAGCUACAUUGCAAGAUAGACAAAGUUGCAGGCGUAUUAGAAACCAAUCGACCUGAUGCAAAGAAUGCCCUCUACCAAUCGACCAUCAAGCAAGGGGAUUUCUUGUUGAACCGCAUCCAGAAGCUGUCUCGUGUUAUUGAUCUUUAAACUAGGUUAAACUUGUAUUCCCUAUUGUCAAAUUUCGAUUCCGAAGAAAUACAUUUUAUUUGUUAUGCCAGGGGUAGAGUGAAAGAAAAUGCAUAUGCUUCUCCUUUUACAUCACUUAUGAUUUAAGUAUUUCAAUUAAUGUUGUUUUCAAGAUGAUUGUACGUCUUUAUGUGCCUUUGGUUGCGUAGACGACUUUGUUUUAGCGUUACGCUACCGAUCUCCUGGAAAAUUAAUUAGCAAUGUUAUUGGAGCUUCUCUAA